UAAAAACUCGGUAAAUCACGAAACCGUGCCCGGUCCUGCGUUUUCAGUCGCUAAAACGUUAGGCCUAUUUGUGCGUUUCUGUGUGUGUAUGAGUGUUGUGUGAUGACGCGAUGAUCCGCAAGCCAUAAGGGGAUCGAUGGAGACUGUUAUAGAUGGAGACAUACCGAUAGAGGGAGGGAAGACAUCGUGGCACUAGAACUGUAGUGCAUGGGAAUAUCAAGUAGAGAAAGCGAUAAAUAUAGCUUCAACAACAAGAGAGACAGAGAGCACGGGCUGUGAAUUCGCGGACGACAUGAGAGCUCUACAUGAAUAGUAUACAAUGCUUUAAAACUCAGCGKUUUGCCUUACAAACGUGUUGUCCGAAGACAGCCACUAAAACGGGACUACACAUCAAAUUCAGGCAGUAGGGGGCAGCAUGCCUGAGCAGAGUAAUGACUACAGGGUGGUGGUGUUUGGAGCGGGGGAGUGGGAAGAGCCCCUGUCCUACGCUUUCGUUAAAGGCACCUUCAGGGACACCUAUAUUCCCACUGUGGAGGACACCUAUCGACAGGUGAUCAGCUGUGAUAAGAGUGUGUGUACGCUCCAGAUAACUGAUACAACAGGCAGUCACCAGUUCCCUGCCAUGCAGAGGCUGUCCAUAUCUAAAGGACAUGCCUUCAUACUGGUCUACUCUGUAACCAGCAAACAGUCACUGGAGGAACUCAAGCCUAUCUACCAACAGGUGAUAGCCAUAAAGGGGAACAUAGAGGCCAUCCCCAUCAUGUUGGUGGGCAACAAGAGUGAUGAGACCCAGAGAGAGGUGGAGACUAAAGAUGGAGAGGCACAGGCGACCACGUGGAAGUGUGCGUUCAUGGAGACGUCAGCUAAGACCAACCACAACGUGACCGAGCUGUUCCAGGAGCUGCUCAACCUGGACAAGAAGAGAAACAUGAGUCUCAACAUCGACGGGAAACGGUCCGGGAAACAGUCCAGAGCUGAGAGACUGAAGGGAAAAUGUAGUGUCAUGUAGAGAGGAGGAGAGGAGAGAGGGAUGGAGGGAGGAAGGAAGGAGGGAGGGAGGGAAGGAAGGAAGGAAGGUCACAAUGAAGACAGCAAGUGAGAUGAUAGAAGACGCACAGAAGAGAGGGAGAGGAAGAGGAGAGAGAGAGAGAGUGUGUGAAGAGAGGACCACUGGUGGGUUCUAUACAUCACCCUCUCAGUAUCCUCCUCUCUCGUCUCCUGUCUGCCUGACCAGGGUCCUAACCCUCCAUACAGUCCCACUGUAGUGAAAAGAUUUGGGGGGGGUAGUCUGAACAUGACUCAAACCCGCAACCCUGCAUCUGUCAGCAUCAGUCCAACACCUCAGCCAUUACGCCGUGAGGUCCCAACCUCUUGKCGAGGUCACUAGAUGUUACACUAGGGACACUCCAACAUAAUGUACAUAUCCUAUGUAUACAUGGCCUCCCUCCCUAUAACCUCUGAAAGAUACAGACAGUAUACCCCUAACCGUCUCUGUCAUCAUGCAAAAUGGAGAAUCCUCUUAACUCAUCAUUCAAAAUGGAUUGAAAUCAUUAUUUGAACUGGAGAAAUGUUGAACUUGUGACAUCAACAAUCCCUCUAAGACUUUAGCUCAGUGUCAAACAAGGGAAGGACAGUGGUUCACGUCUGACCUGGAAUCCGAGGAAAGGGAACCUGGGAAAGAAAGAUGUGGUAGUUGGACUGAAAUGUUAGAAGUCUGCCUGGGUCACUUSGUAGUUGGACUGAAAUGUUAGAAGUCUACCUGGGUCACUUGGUAGUUGGACUUUGGUUGGAUGGACGAUGGACUUGAAAUGUUUGGAGUGGACUUGGAACAUGUGAAGAGGUAUUAGAAAAGUUUGUUGUGGGAUUUGGACUGGGAAUACUGUGGAUGAUGUCGUUGGGAAUGUUUGCGUCGGUUGGCUUUGGCCCUUGUUGUUUCAUGUGAGGAGUCUUUCUGUUGGCCUUGUGUUUCCCAUGCCAAGCAGCUGAAUCCUCUUCAUACACAGAGAAGCACAGAGAGGAUGGAGUGACGACUCUACUCGACGGAGGAAAGACACUCGAUUAGUUUAAUGCCAUGCAAAUACCAUCACAUUGGACUUUAUGUCACACACACACACACACACACACACACACACAAAUAUAAAUGCACACGCACAUGCUUUUUGGAGACCAUUGGUCAUUCACCAAGUGUAUUCCUACAUAGUAUGUAAAUGAAAAGGGAGUGAUAUUAUUAUGUAAAUGUAAUUAUAUCAUUGUCCCAAACACCUCCUAUUGGUUUAUGUAAAGCAAUAAGGUUGUUUGUCAAAGUACAGAAUAUAUACUCCAGAUGGAAGUUGCCCCUAACCGCAGAUCUAGGAUCAGCUUACUCCCCAAAUCAUAACUUUAACCAUUAGGGGGGGAAUACAAAACUGAUCUUAGAUCAGCAUUUAUGGACAAAGUCAUCCUACUUCUUACUAUACAGGAGAGCUAAAAGCACAAUCAUUUGAUUGACGUUGUGUUUUUGUYUUACCAUAUUCCGUUAUCUAUCUUGCAGAAUAAAUAAGGGCCAAUAUAUUUUGAA